GUUACCGCCUGCUUUCUGCGCAGAGGGAAGAGGGGCUCAGGGGGUUGUGGGCGGAGGACUGGAGCCGAAAAAAGGGAGGGCAGAGCAGAGUCAGAGAGAAAGAGGGUUGGGGCUCAGUAAUGGGGCGGAGAGCAGAAAGAGCUCCAGGCGUUGGACGGCGGCAAUAAGCGGGGCUGCGAGUUUGUAACCACAUGAUAAAAAAAAGGCAGAAGAAGAAGAUGGGCCAGACGGAGGAGGAUUGAUUCAGGUUUGAGCUCAGCUGCUGUUGAUCCAAGCAAGAAGAGACAAAGAGAGUCUGGGUUUGAAAGAAUGAUUGAGAAAGCUUAGCCUCACUAUUUCAAAGGAAAGGACUGAAAUAACAUCAAGAAGAGAUGGAAUGAGGGAAAAGCAAAGGAGUCGCUUUAAAAAAAAAAGCACCCAGAGAGCCGCACUCUGGUGUUAGAGUGAAAAGGAGGGGAGGUGAAAUCUGAACUCUCAGCCAACAGCAGAGACAGAAAACCGGGGCUGUGAGGAGGGCAAAGUAAAACCCAAGGUCAGGGGGCCGGACCAGGACAUUUGCAGGCGGAGAGAGGCAUGAGGGGAUAUCUCCUGAAGGAACUCUUAUCCAUGAUGAUCACUCUGCUCUUUGUGGGGAGCCUGCUGACCAGUCUGGGCUGGUACAUGGUGGACACCAAUAACGUACAACCUCGCCAACUGCCUCCUUUGAAGAAAAGCCCUACCAAGUUGCCAGAGCUCUGCAAAAACUGCGAUGAGACUGUCAAAAAGGCUUUUGAGCUGUAUUCUGAACCCUGGAAGAAGCAGGAGGACAACUACAACCAGUUCAGGUCUCAGCUCAACACCAAGUGCAAUGCUCUUGAGAACGCCAUCAUCACCCAGGCCAACACGCCGAAGGGAACCAAGAUUCUUUUCGACGGGGACAAGAAGACGAACAUGGCGGUGAACGAAGAGAUUUUCGGCACCCUUAUCAAGGAAAAUCCCUUCCCAAAUAAAACAUGGAGCUCCUGCGCAGUUGUUGGGAACGGCGGGAUUCUGGCCAAUAGCAGCUGUGGAAGAACGAUUGAUGCAGCUCAGUAUGUUAUCAGAUGCAACCUACCUCCUUUAUCAAAUGGGUUAGAGAAGGACGUUGGCAGCAAGACUGACAUCGUCACCGCAAAUCCAAGCAUCAUCAUAGAGAAGUAUUUUUCUCUGAUGCAACGUCGGCGUCCGUUUGCAGAGGCCCUGCGCAGCUAUGGGAAUGCGUUGGUGCUGCUUCCCGCCUUCUCCUUCCGUCACAACACCGCUCUGUCUCUGAGGGCAUUUUACACCAUAGACGACUUCAGAGGCUCUGCCAGGGCGGUCUACUUCAACCCCAAGUAUCUGAGGAAUCUGGCCACCUUCUGGCGCUCCAAGGGCCUGAAGUCACCACGACUCAGCACCGGGAUCAUGAUGGCGAGCAUCGCACUUGAGAUGUGCUCAGAGGUGCAUUUGUAUGGAUUCUGGCCUUUUGAGAUUCACCCGUACAGCUCCCAAACCCUGAUGAACCACUAUUAUGAUGACAGAAAGGCAAAAAACAAGUUCCACGCCAUGCCAACUGAGUUUAACCUCUUGUUGAAGCUGCACAGGGAGGGGGUUCUCAGACUCCAUCUGGGGGAAUGUCAUCCAGAUGAAAAGUGACCUGAUAGGUUUAGAAAAAAAAAAGAAAAAAAGUGCCUUCUCUGCAAAACAAACAAACACCUUUUGUAUUUUUGUAUUAUUUCUAGUCAAAUGAACUUAUGAAACUGGAUUUUGGAUUAGCAGGUGACAUUUCGCAGAGAAAGAAUAGUGGGUUUUCAGAAAAUAUGUCCUAAUAUUUUAAUUUUUGUAACAGACAAAAGAAAAAUGCCAAUAGAAUAAUAUAGAAGAAGUUAAAAAAGACAAAUAAAUCCACAAAACCAGUAAAAAUGUAGCUACUUUUAGGACAUGUUCUCUUUAAAAAGAAUACAAAACCAUAAAUAAAUUGUCUGAUAUCCACUUUUAUAAGUACGGCGGAGUAUUAGGGCCAGUUUACAAACAAAGAAAUCAAUUAUUUUAAUACAACUUUGAAGUCGUAAAUUUACAAGAAAAAAGUCGUUACUGUUAAAUUACAAGAAUGAUGUUGAAUAUUGUGACUUUAAAAGUCAUGGGCUAAAUUUGUGACAUUUUUGCGUAAAAUGUAGCAAACUUACGACUCUAAAUAUGUAAAUUUAUGAGGAAAAAAAUACAAAUUUACGAGAAAAAACACCAAAGUUUUCUGUUUAUCUGAGCUCGAAGAUGAAAGACGUGACGUAUUUCGUGAAGAUUUUGUUCCAGAUAGGUUUUAAAAACAUUAAAAGACAUUCUGAACCUUUUGGCAACUCAAAAUCAAACUAUUGUUAGCAUAAAAGUUUAAUACUGGGGCAGACGGAAGCAUCACACUGAGUUGGAGGAGAUUUUGUCUUUUGUGGAGGAAGAAAUAUUUGGAAGAUUUAUCAACGGACACCUCAGAGAUCCUGUAAAUCACCCAUCAAGGAAAAAAACAUAGGAGCUUCCAAACAUUUGAAAUGUAAUUAAUAAAUCUGAGACAGUUUGACCAAAUUGAGUCAGAAGUGGAUCUGUUGCUGCACAUGCUGUCCACUUGCUUGACUGUUUUUAACUUUAAUCUCGUAAUUUUACUUUUUUUUUGUGGUCCUAAUCUUGUAAAUGUACGAUUUAAAUCUUGUAAUAUUACUUUUUCAUUUUUUUGGUGGCCCUAAUACUCCGUCGUAAAUGAGAUAAUUCGACAAAUAUUUGCUUUUGCAGAAUUUGCUGUAAGUCUUCAUCUACUUAAACUGUCAUUUGUCAAAAGACAAAACGUGCACUAAGAAGGAAGGUCAAUAAGUCUAAGCUUGUGAAGUGUGUCCACAGCGUUAUUUAUUACCAAAAAACGUUCCUGUCUAAGUCAGAGGGAGCGGUUUGGUGAGCCUGUCUUGAUGCAGUGCCUUAUACUAAUAUAUUGCUACUAGUUUUUAAACUGAAAAUGAAUGUAUUUCGUGAGAUGUUUCAAAAUACCUCCUGUUUGUGCAGCAGUGUGGCUAAAGGGGCCAUGAUGGAAACAUCAGCACACUGAAUGUAAGAAUGUAAAAGCCUUGUUUUCUUUUCUUUUUUAUUUUUUUUUGAGGGAUACGUGUUUGAACACUGUUCUUGUGUAUGUAAACCUGCUGAAAUCACUGAGAGCUGGUGAUCUCUGGACUGACAAACCUGAACAUCGCCUCUUCUGAAAGGUGUCAAAAAGCUGUUUUAUCAAAAAAAAGCCCAAGUAGGGGACUGUGUUCAUCAAGUAUGCACUUCCUGGGAAAGUUGUUGCACAUAAAGAUUUGUAGCCACAUUUGCAUUACUAAACUGACUUUUAUAGAAAUACCUUCAGUGACCAAGCUUAUGGACGUUUUGAGAUAACUGUACACAUUCUAGGAUUUGGAUUUCUGUGUAUAUUUUGAUGUACAGGGGAAAAUGAAGGAAUAAAAAAUGAAGGAAAAAGUUA